AUGUUGGAGCACAUUCGGUCUGCCGAAGAACCAGAAAUUGGUAUUUCGUACAUUCACGAUGGCGGUACAACUUCCACAGCUUCCAGAUGUCGAGAGGUUGAGCGACAGGGUAAUCCGGAUCCUGGGUGGAAAUCCGGGAAAGGAACCAAUACAUACCUCAUCGGUCAAUGCCAUGAGCGUAUCCUCAUCGACACAGGGGAAGGUCGUCCAAGCUGGACCGAAAACCUCAAGGCUGCCCUGAAAAAUGAAAACGCCACAAUAAAAACCGUCCUCUUGACACACUGGCACCGUGAUCACGUUGGGGGUGUGCCCGACCUGCUCAAGAUCUGCCCCGACGCAAAGAUACACAAGAGCCAGCCUGAUGCAGAGGGCCAGUUUGAUAUCGAGGAUGGGCAGAUAUUUCAAGUCGACGGCGCAACGUUGCGAGCGUAUAGCACACCUGGCCACACGAAAGAUCACAUGGUAUUCAGGCUCUGCGAGGAGGAUGCGUUGUUUACAGGGGACAACAUCCUCGGGCAUGGCACCUCCGUCUUCGAAGAUCUAGAGGUCUACCUCUCGACCCUCGAAAAGAUGAAGUACUAUUUCUCCGGCCGCGCCUACCCGGGCCAUGGAGCUGUGAUCGCGGAUGGAAGCUUGAAGAUAAACGAGUACAUCAAGCACCGACAACAGCGGGAGGAUGAAGUGCUGCAAGUGUUGGUGUACGGUAGUUUAACGGCUGAGAGAGACGGUCCGUCAUCGCCGGUUAACGGGGAUGAACUUCGACGCUGGACGCCGAUGGAACUGGUGAAAGUUAUCUAUCGUGAUGUCCCGGUGACUUUACAUGUCCCGGCUUCGCAGGGGGUGUUUCAGAUUUUGAAGAAGUUGGAGUGGGAAGGGAAGGUUGUGACGGGAGAGAAUGACGGGGAAGACCGGUUUAUGAUCGUUCUGUGA